AUGAUGCAGGAAGCUGAACUCUGUUUUCCACAACUCAACACCUCCUGUAUGAAGCCAAAGCAUCCUCUCUCUGAAACUGUGUCUAUUUACAUUGUACUAUCGUCCAUCUCUCUGUUCACUGCAGUUCUUAACCUGCUGGUCAUCAUUUCCAUCUCCCACUUCAAGCAGCUCCACAGCCCCACCAACCUCCUCAUCCUGUCUCUGGCUAUAUCAGAUUUCUUUGUCAGCUUCCUCCUGAUGUUUCAAAUUAUGCUCAUAGACGGCUGCUGGUACCUCGGUGACACUAUGUGUUUGUUGUACUGUGUUUUAUCUUACAUUAUUAGCUUUUCCUCAGUAGGAACCAUGGUGCUCAUAUCAGUUGACCGCUAUGUGGCCAUUUGUGACCCUCUGCAUUACUCCACCAAAGUCACUUCUGAAAGAGUUCAAAUCUGUGUUUCAGUGUGUUGGUUCAUUUCUCUCUUCUACCUCAUUGUGCAAAUUAAAGAUAACCUGAAUCAACCAGGCAGAUAUAAUUCUUGUAUUGGGGAGUGUGUGAUAGUCUUGAACUUAACAGAGCGACUUACAGAUCUUAUUUCAACCUUUAUCAUUCCCAUUACAGUGAUCAUAGUUCUGUAUAUGAGAGUGUUUGUGGUGGCUGUGUCUCAGGCUCGUGCCAUGAGGUCUCACAUUGCAGCUGUCACACUUAAGAGUUCAGUCAGUGCUAAGAAAUCUGAGCUGAAAGCAGCCAGGACUCUUGGUGUUGUUAUAGUUGUGUUUCUAUUAUGCAUCUGCCCAUAUUUCUGUACCACACUUAUAGGCGAGCUUACCUUGCUCAACACCUCAUCUGCUGGAUUUGUAAUAUGUCUGGUUUAUUUUAACUCCUGUCUAAACCCUAUAAUAUAUGCCCUGUUCUAUCCCUGGUUCAGAAAAUCUAUCAAACUUGUUAUUACACUUCAAAUUCUGAAGCCUGGUUCCAGUCAGACCAACAUACUGUAA